CUACCUGUAUUCCAUGGCUGUGUUGCAACGCCAUCAGUCUACUCUUAACGUGAUCUGUUAAUUUGCCCUAAAGGAAACAUUUAUGUAGAGAACCAGACAGGGGAUAUCGAAUCGCCUUUCCCUAAACUCCGCCCUCUUAUUUGUCAAGAAACACUCUCCUCAAACUCGACGUGUACAAAAAAGAAGAGGGAGUAAUUCCACAGCAGAGCCUUGCUCUGGAAUCUGGAAGUGUGAAUUUAUUUUUAAUUUGCGCGGUGCAGGAGUAAGUUUUCACCAGCACAAAUUAUGCUGGACCCGUCAUCCAGCGACGAAUCGGGCGAAGAAGACGAUCUGCGUGAGAUUCCACCGGCCGCUAGUGCUCAGAGGUCUCUCCCCGCACAAGGGCGAGAUUCACGGGAUGAGAAGCGAGCAAGUGCCGCCCGCCCGCAACCCUCAAGCCCUAGUCCCAUUGUACCCAGCGAGAAGGAUAAAAAUGAACAAGAAAGACUACAGAAAGAGGAAGCGGAGAGGAAAAUCAAACUGCAGAUAUAUGUGUUCGUUCUGAGAUGCAUAGCUUACCCCUUUAACGCUAAACAGCCCACAGACAUGGCACGUAGACAGCAAAAGCUCAAUCGGCAGCAGCUGCAGGGGGUGAAGGACCGCUUCCUGGCCUUCCUGAAUGGAGAGACGCAGAUCGUCGCCGAUGAGGCUUUCUGCAACGCCGUCCGCAGCUACUAUGAGGGCUUUCUCAAGAGCGAACGGGUGGCCAGGAUGGUGCAGAGCGGGGGCUGCUCUGCCUACGACUUCCGGGAAGUCUUCAAGAAGAACAUCGAGAGGAGGGUCCGCAGCCUCCCCGAGAUCGAUGGCCUGAGCAAGGAGACGGUCCUGAGCUCCUGGAUCGCCAAGUACGACGCCAUCUACAGGGGGGACGAAGAAGUGCGGCGCCAGCCACCCAGAAUGCACUUCAGCGCCGUGUCGGAGCUGAUCCUCAGCAAGGACCAGCUCUACGAGAUGUUCCAGCAGAUCCUGAACAUCAAGAAGUUUGAGCACCAGCUACUCUACAAUGCCUGUCAGCUGGACAACGUGGACGAGCAGGCCGCGCAGAUCCGGAGGGAGCUCGACGGCAGGCUUCAGCUGGCGGAGCGAAUAGCCCGGGAGAGAAAAUAUCCCAAGUUUGUGUCCAAGGACAUGGAGGUCAUGUACAUUGAGGAAUUGCGGUCAUCUGUGAACCUGCUCAUGGCCAAUUUGGAGAGUCUCCCCGUGUCCAAGGGAGGGCCGGACUUCAAGCAGAAGCUGAAGCGCUCUCAGAUGAACUCUUCUUUCCUGGACAUGAGCGACGAGAACGACACGCUGCUCUCCAAGUCCGACGUGGUGCUGUCCUUCACUCUGGAGGUUGUGAUUAUGGAGGUGCAGGGCCUGAAGUCCGUGGCUCCGAACAGGAUCGUCUACUGCACCAUGGAGGUCGAGGGGGGAGAGAAGCUUCAGACCGACCAGGCUGAGGCCUGCAGGCCACAGUGGGGCACCCAGGGUGACUUCACCACCACUCACCCCCUGCCCGUGGUGAAGGUGAAGCUCUUCACCGAGAGCACGGGGGUCCUGGCUCUGGAGGACAAGGAGCUGGGCAGGGUGGUGCUGAAUCCCACCACUAAUGGCCCUAAAGGGGCGGAACUUCACAAGAUGGUGGUGCCCAAAAACAGCCAGGACGUUGAGCUGAAGAUCAAACUGGCAGUGCGCAUGGACAAGCCCCCCAACAUGAAGCACAGCGGGUAUCUUUAUGCAUUGGGACAGAGAGUGUGGAAGCGGUGGAAACGGCGAUAUUUCGUACUUGUUCAGGUCAGCCAGUACACCUUUGCCAUGUGCAGUUAUCGGGAGAAGAAAUCAGAGCCGCAUGAGCUGAUGCAACUGGAGGGCUACACUGUGGACUACUCCGAACCACAGCCAGGUCUCCAGGGUGGACAGGUGUUCUUCAGCGCAGUGAGAGAGGGUGACCUGGUGGUGUUCGCCAGUGAUGAUGAGCAGGACCGCGUUCUGUGGGUCCAGGCCAUGUACCGGGCCACGGGCCAGUCCUACAAGCCUAUCCCCCCCUCCCAGAACCAGAGGCAGAACUGCAGAGGAGGAAACCCACAGGCCGACGCUCCUGUCUCCUUGCUGAGUCUGGAGCGGACUCAGAGGCAGGGAGUGGAGGAGCUGAUAUCGGCGGUGCCGUGCCGGUUCGAUCACGCCGCCAUGUUCCGCCUGCUCCAGAAGUGCACGCUGCAGCACAGAAUGAACGACUCCUUCUCCUGUUUGGGCUGGUUCAGCCCGGGCCAGGUGUUCGUGCUGGACGAGUACUGCGCACGCUACGGCGUCCGGGGCUGCUUUCGGCACCUGAGCUACCUGAAGGACCUGAUGGAGUACUCGGAGAAGAACGCGCUGAUCGACCCCACCCUGCUGCACUACAGCUACGCCUUCUGCGCCUCCCACGUCCAUGGCAACAGACCGGAUGGAAUGGGCACUGUGACUGAGGAGGAGAAAGAGCAGUUUGAGGAUAUUAAAAUGAGGCUCUUGACGCUGCUGGAGAACCAGAUUGUCCAUUUCAGGUACUGCUUUCCUUUCGGGAGGCCAGAGGGGGCUCUCAAAGCCACGCUCUCCCUGCUGGAAAGGGUUCUGAUGAAGGACAUCUCCACGCCGGUGCCCCCGGGGGAGAUGAAGAAGCUGGUGCAGAAGUGCCUGGAGAAAGCGUCUCUGAUGAAUUACUCCCAGCUCACCGACUACGCGCAGAUUGAAGCGGACCCCCAGGCGACCCCCGAGAAGAGGCUGGAGGACAUGAUGAGACUGGGCGAGCUGUGCAUCGAGGUCCUGCAGCAGAACGACGAGCAUCACUCAGAGGGAAGAGAGGCAUUCUCCUGGUGGCCCGAGAUAAUGGCGGAGCACGCGGAGACCUUCCUGUCCCUCUACAGCGUGGACAUGGACGGCGCGCUGCAGGUGCAGCCCCAGGACUCAUGGGAUAGCUUCCCGCUUUUUCAGCUGCUCAACAACUAUCUGAGGACCGACCCCUACCUGUGCCAUGGAACCUUCCACAAGCACCUGCAGGACCUCUUCAUCCCCCUGGUGGUCCGCUACAUUGACCUGAUGGAGUCCUCCAUCGCCCAGUCCAUCCACCGCGGCUUCGAGCAGGAGACGUGGCAGCCGGUCAAGACGAUAACCAACAACCUUCCGAACGUGCCGCUGCCCAAGGUUCCCAGCCUGCCCCUCACCCUCCCUCAGAUCCCCAGCUUCUCCGCGCCCUCGUGGAUGGGCCCGUUGUGUGACAACACCCUGCAAGGAAUUAAUUUACCAGAUAUUUUUAACGGCUCGGCCACGUCUGAAGACCUGUUCUGGAAGCUGGACGCCCUGCAGGUGUUCAUAAUGGACCUGCGCUGGCCCGAGCCGGAGUUUGCCAAACAUCUGGAGCAGAGGCUGAAGCUCAUGGCCAGCGACAUGGUGGAGGCCUGCAUUAAGAGAACAAAAGCUGCCUUCGAUUCCAAGAUGCAGAAGGCCAGCAAGUCGACGGACUUCCGGGUGUCUCUGUCCGUCUGCACCAUGUUCAACGUGCUAAUGGAUGCCAAGAAGCAGGCUUCCAAGCUCUGCGUCCUGGACUCCAGCCAGGAGGAUGAUAACCAAUGGCAACACUACCAUUCCAAAAUCGACGUGCUGAUCGAAGAGGCUUUCAAAGAGAUGAUUUCCUCCCUGGUGUCCAAGUUUUCCGCGGUUUUGGACGGGGUUCUGUCCAAGCUCUCUCGAUACGACGAAGGGACUCUCUUCUCCUCCCUGCUGUCCUUCACCGUGAAAACAGCUGCUAAGUAUGUGGACGUUCCUAAGCCUGGCAUGGACUUGGCGGACACAUACAUUACCUUUGUGCGGCAGAACCAGGACAUCCUGAGAGACCGGGUCAAUGACGAGAUGUACACCGAGAAGGUGUUUGAACAAUGGUAUACCAGCACCAUGAAGGCGGUGUGCGUCUGGCUGACGGACAGGCUCGACCUGCAGCUCCACGUGUACCAACUGAAGACCCUCAUCAAGAUUGUCAAGAAGACAUAUCGCGACUUCAGGCUGCAGGGGGUGUUGGACGGAACUCUGAACAACAAGAGCUACGAGACUGUUUACAACCGGCUGACAGUAGAGGAGGCAACGGUCUCAGUAACCGCGGGCGACGGGCUCCAGGGUAUCACGAUGAGGGACAGUGAUGAAGAGGAGGGGUAGCUGUCCAAGCAGCAUCACUCUCGUACGCAAUGAGGAAACUCAUGCAGAAUAAAAAAAAUAUUAAAACUCUCAUCUGUACAUGCGCCGCACUCUACUACUAAUACACUGGGAUUCUCAUGUACUUGAGUGACCCACCUCCCUUGUCCCAGAGUUCAUUGAUGAGCUUGUACAGUACACCUCGGUGAACACCAGGGGGCACAGCGCCUGUCUGUUUGUUGUACUUUUAUGUCUCAUUAGUGUGGCCAAAAUGUCAGGUGUGUCAUAUUUUUUGAAUUACGGUUCCUGAUAUGAAUUACAGGCGGUGGGUGGGGCAGACUACAGACAUUUCAAAAUGAAGGUUCAUGAGAGUGGAAAGGUCCUCUUCUGGGCUGUCAGUCAGAGUUGAGGUUAUUUCACUUUAGCCAUUGUUAGGGUGAAUAGGGUCCUUGCCAAGAGUGGAUCUGCGAGCAUCUUCGCGUUUACUGUACGAACUAUGAAGUUGUCUCUAUUGAACUUAAAGACCAAAGCACUAUGUCUGUUGUAGACCAGUUUAGCUUGUUUACUGUAUGUUUGAGCUUAUGAUUGGUGAAAAAAGAUUUUACAUGAUAGCUGUGAUUUAUCUGUGUCCAGUACUCAAGAUUGUGUGUACCAUAUUUAAAAGAUAGAUUAAAUCCAUGUUGUGCCAGAACACUUCAGUGAAUUUGUGUCAGUGAAGUACAAAGGAAAUCAACUUGGGGAAAAUGUAUAUUUAUAUUGUCAUCUGUGCACCUGUAUUUGUUCAGGUGUGUUCUAAGUGUUAGAAUAAAAGUGUUUUAAUUCAACUGCUGUGUCUUUUUUUCCAUUAAAGCAAUCUGCAUGUUCCUGUAAA